CCUCGUGUUUCGUGUUCGUGAUUUACAACAACCAACAACACAAAAUAUUUUUUCUCGGAAUCUUGGAAAAAACAAACGUUAAGUCGACAAACGCAUGCAAGUAUUGGCCAAGGAGUCCAAAUUUACUUCUUGCCUAAGUACGGAGAAAACAAAUCGCUGAGCAAGUCAAUCCAUAGUGGGACAACCAUAUUCUUGGCUUUUUGUGUGUGUAUUGUGUGUCUAAGUGUCUGUUGUCUGCCACGAGCCACGAGCGCUGCUCCGGGACAUUCAUUCAUCAUCCAGUGCUAUUAAUUGGACAAAGACUGGCCAACACGUAAUUUCGUAGACAUUGUGGAAGUCAUUUGUGGACAUCUGGUGCUGCUUAUCUUCAGACAAAGUCGUCGUCGAUGCAUUUUAAAAGACAGAGACAUUCUGAUGAGACACCUCAAGGUCUUGAAGUCUGGUCUUUUUAGUUGCGCACGCACGCAUUAAAAGAAAAUAGAAAAUCGGAAAUAAUAAAAAUUCAGUUGUUUUUGGAUUGGAUCACUCACUGUGGUGACUGGCAUUGAAAUAAAGUAGCCAACAACAACAACAAGAAAAACAUUGUGGAAGAAGUAGGCGAGGAGGAGGAGGAGAACGAUAGUCGUUGCGAGAAUUUCAAAAUUUCUUUGUUGAGGGCGAUUGGUGUUGUGUGUUGUGCUUUGUUUCAUCACCAAUACCACGCCGAUUCACGGCGAGGUUCAUUACUGCUGAGCUGCUAUCAUCGCUUCCACGUUAUUUUGCUCACUCAAAAUAUUUGGUGCAAGUGCAGUGCAGUGUAACAAAUGGCUGACGUGAGUGACCCCAAUGAACUCUUUGUUCUCGAACUCCACGAGGACGAAAAUCCCCGCGACUCGGAUGAUGACAAAAUUGAAUUGGACGAUGUUGAUCUAGAACCGGAAUUAAGCAUUAAUUUACAACAUGAAACUGAAGGGCAGGAAACCAUACAACUUUCCGAAGAAAAUGUGAAUCCGGGCAAAAUAAAACUAGGACCAAAAGAUUUCGAACUAAAAAAAGUUUUGGGCAAAGGUGGCUACGGCAAAGUGUUCCAGGUGCGUAAAACGUCAGGACGCGAUGCUAAUAAAUACUUUGCCAUGAAAGUGUUGAAGAAGGCCUCCAUAGUCACAAAUCAAAAAGAUACGGCACACACUCGUGCCGAGCGUAACAUCUUAGAAGCUGUCAAACAUCCAUUCAUUGUAGAAUUAGUAUAUGCUUUCCAAACAGAUGGCAAAUUAUAUUUGAUUUUAGAAUAUUUAAGCGGUGGCGAAUUAUUUAUGCAUUUAGAACGUGAAGGUAUAUUCCUGGAAGAUACCACAUGCUUUUAUUUAAGUGAAAUUAUAAUGGCGUUGGGCCAUUUGCAUAAACUAGGGAUUAUAUAUCGUGACUUGAAGCCUGAAAACAUUUUAUUAGAUGCCCAGGGUCACGUUAAACUAACAGAUUUCGGUCUAUGCAAGGAACAUAUUCAAGAGGGCAUUGUGACACACACGUUCUGUGGCACAAUCGAAUAUAUGGCACCGGAAAUCCUGACGCGCAGAGGCCAUGGUAAAGCGGUAGAUUGGUGGUCACUAGGUGCUCUUAUGUUCGAUAUGUUAACUGGCCUUCCCCCCUUCACUGCUGACGAUCGCAAAAAGACUAUAGAAACUAUUCUUAAAGCCAAAUUAAAUCUGCCAGGCUAUUUAACUCCUGAAGCUAGAGAUUUAGUACGCCGUUUGAUGAAACGUCAGGAGUCACAACGUUUAGGUAGUGGUCCAGAAGAUGCUGCGGCCGUUCAAGCACAUCCCUUCUUCAAACAUGUCAAUUGGGAUGAUGUACUGGCUAGACGUUUAGAUCCUCCAAUUAAACCAUUGUUGCGUAGCGAAGAUGAUGUGUCACAAUUUGAUACCCGAUUUACAAAAGAAAUACCCGUAGAUUCACCAGAUGAAACAACUCUUAGUGAAAGUGUCAAUUUAAUUUUCCAAGGUUUUACAUAUGUGGCGCCAUCUAUAUUGGAAGAAAUGCAUAGAGCUAACCGUAUGCCGGCCCGUUCGCCCCGACGCAAUCCAAGACAAGCACAUGAUGGUUCCUAUCGCUUACAAUUUCCCAUGGCUGCAGCGGCCCAUGCCAGAGGCAUGUAUGCCAGAGCGACACCACCACAUCUGCAGGCUUUCCCGCCACGUCCAUCGCCCCAAGACGAGAUGAUGGAUGUGCAAGGGGUCUCCAUGUCGUAGUGCGAGCAUAAAGGCAGCUGCAACUGCAACUCCACUGCAAAAACAACAACAACAACUACUACUACUGCAACAACAACAACAACCACAACAACAGCCAAUAACAACCAAAGCCGCAAAAACGGCAGCCAUCAUAACAUUAUCAAAGGCAAGGGUUAGAGGUGAGAGAAAAAAGCUAAAGAAGAUCCCAGAGAAGGAAGAACACAUGAAACAUAAAAGCGUUUGAAAUGCUAAUCGACCAUAUUAUAUAGGAGAAGAAAACAAAACAAAACAAGAAAAACAAAAACAAAUUAUACUAAAAGUAAUGUUAACUAUUAUCAGAAAGAAAUUUUACGAAUUAAGAAAUCCCCGUCAAAACAAACAGUCCCCCCCCCAACCACAAAAACUAAACAAAACGUAUUCAAAAUAUUUAUAUAAUGAUAAUAAUAAAAGAAAUUGAUUGAUUAACGAUUGAGUGUGGCGUUUAGGCAAAAAGUGGAAAAAAAUAGAACAGAAUGUUAAUGUUAUUAUUAUUUAAAAAGAAAAAUUAAAAACAAAAAAAAAAAAAACGGAAAAAUCCAAAAUUUAUGGAAAUCAGAGCAUGAGAAACGAAAUGUAAAAGCUGGCCGAGUAAUGGAAGAUUCUUUUGAGGUGUCGUCAACCCAUUCGAUGUUGUACAUGUUCGCAUGAAAUUAACAAGGCGAAAGGCGCAUGCGUCGGUUCGCGUGUAAUAAUUGCCACACACACACACACUUACAAAUGGAAACUCCUCAUAGUUAUUUACAUUACCAAAAAUAAAACAAACAAACCAACAAAAAAGCUCCUAAACUGCUGUUAACUUUAAUGAAAUAUCACUUGUAUAAUAAACCAACAACAACAAAAUAACCUUGCAUACCACAUACACAUACACAGACACACAAACACUUAUACUAGUAAUAAACAAGAACUACAUAAACUAAACUACAUUUAAUAGUAAUGAUAAAAACAAAACAAAACAAAACAAAAAAGCAAAACAUAGUAAAAUUUUCUUAACUAAAUACAACAAACAAACCAACAACAACCAACAUUUUCAAUUCUAAACAGAACAGCCCUUUAUUCAUCCUUGUACGUUAAGUGAGAAUAUUUAUAUUGUAGCGAAGUAAAGAGAGGGGAGAAACAACAGAAUAUACAAUUUCGAAAAUGUUUUGUUUACUUUUUUUUUUUUAAUUAACUUUUAUGUUAUAUAUUGUGUCCAUUGUUAAAACAAUUCAAACUGAAAAUAAAGUAAACAUUUAUUAUCUUAUAAGUCAGUAAUGCGAAAAAGAAAAGCAGCAGAAAUGAAACAAAAUACAAUUUUGUAAAUGUACACAAACAAAUUAUUUUCUGUAAAAAAGAACUACUUGAACAUUUGUUUUUUAAAAUAUUUACAAAUAUUUAAAUAACAAAAACAGAAAAAAAGAAACAUAAGUGAAACAACCAUACCUACCAUAAAUACUUUUUUCUUGUAACAUUUCUCUUCGUUAAUGAUCUUUUUUUACAUUUACUUUUGUUUUAAUUUUCGAAAAAAAAAACUUUCUAUCUUAAAUUUUUUGUUAUUAUAAAAACACACACGAAAAAUACAAACAUUGCUUUUUAUUUGCCCUUUUUUUCCUCUCUUGCGUUUGGUAAGAUUGUGAGCCAUGGUUACUUAAGAUGUCCAGUCACGUUGUACAAAAGGUGAAUCUUCAGUCAGUUGUUAUUUGUAAAACAAUAUGGAAAUAGCCAUAGGUUGACGAACAAAAUCAUUUUCUGCGAUUCCAUGGACGAACGCAACAAAUUUCUACAAUUACACCGUAGCGCAGAGCAUGUCCGCCUAUGACGCUGAACGCCUGGGUUGGAAUCCUGGCUAGACCAUCAUUAAAUUUUCACAGGUGGUUAUCCCCUCCUUAUGCUGGCGACAUUUGUCAUGUAAAAUCUUCUCCUCAAAAGAGGUGUCGCACUGCGGCAGCCGUUCGGACUCGGCUAUAAAAAGGAGGCUCCUUAUCAUUGAGCUUAAAACUUGAAUCGGACUGCACUCAUUGAUAUGUGAGAAGUUUGCCCCAGUUCAUUAAUGAAAUGUUCAUGGGCAAAUUUGCAUUUGCACUCUUCUCUAUUUAGUGUUUGGUCUUCUUUCUUUUCUCUUUAAUUGGCUCUGACAGAACAUUUGUUCCACUUGCCGAACAUAGAAUAUUGUUCCAAGCGCCUCAAUCUUCUGCGCUCGAAUCCUGGCGAGACCAUCAUUAAAUUUUCACAGGUGGUUUGCCCCUCCUAAUGCUGGCGACAUUUGUGAGAUACUUUGCCAUGUAAAAACUUCUCCUCAAAAGAGGUGUCGCACUGCGGCACGCCGUUCGGACUCGGCUAUAAAAAGGAGCCCCCUUAUCAUUGAGCUUAAAAACUUGAAUCGGACUGCACUCAUUGAUAUGUGAGAAGUUUGCCCCUGUUCCUUAAUGAAAUGUUCAUGGGCAAAUUUUCAUUUGCACUCUUCUCUAUUUAGUGUUUGGUCUUCUUUCUUUCCUCUUUAAUUGGCUCUGACAGAAUAUUUGCAUUCCACUAGCCGACACGUAGUGGAAUAAUAUUCAGAUCUGUCAGAAUGCCGCCCUCCGAACUGCGAUGGGCUGUCCGCUCAGUUCUCAUGUGGACCACCUCCACCAGGAGACAAAGAUCCUACCAGUGCGAAGACAUAACUACAUGCUGUCUAAGCAAUACCUUUUGGGUUCUUAUCGCACAGACCAUCGAAAACAUCAUCUAGUAGAUAGAUAUCCACCGCCCAGAAGCCUUAAGGUAGAUCUACAUGAUCUAGAGCGUGAGGUUCAGCGCUACAAGAGAGAACCUCUAGAUCAAGCAGGUCUAAACAACAUUCAGAAAGACCCGGUAGCAGAUGCGGUAAACGAACGAUCGCCUCCCAUUGCACCUGAAGAAAUUGACCUCCCCCGGCAAACCAGAGUAGUUCUGGCUCAAUUACGUUCCGGCAGAUGCAGCCGCCUCAACUCCUACAGAGCAAGGAUUGAUGCCGACGUGCUAGAUGUAUGCCCCGAUUGUAACCAGGAAACGAACGAUAAACGUCACCUGUUUAACUGCCUGGUCAGACCCACUCGACUCAGACCCAGAUCCCUGUGGACGCACCCCAUCUUAGUCGCAGAAUCAAGCAGACGAAAGAUAGUAAACAAUAAACUGCUACAACAACAACAACAACUAGCCGAAUGUAGAAUAGUGUUCCAAGCGCCUCUAUCUUCUGCGCUCAUUCUAAAAUCUCUGACAUCAAGUUUCGAAGGGUCUCCCCCCACUUGAUCUUUCCAUCGGGCUUUUGGUCUUCCUGGUUUGCGUGUACGAACGUGUUUGCUUUCAAAAGACUUCUUUGCUGGAGCUUCUUCAUCCAUUCUGACAACAUGACCUAGCCAACGCAGCCGUUGUAUUUUGAUGCGUAUAACUAUGCUAUCGUCGUCAUACAGCUCAUACAGCUCGUGGUUCAUACAUCGCCUAUAUUCUCCAUUAACGCAAACUGGUCCAUAUAUUUUACGAAGAAUCUUUCUCUGAAAUACUCCAAGCACUGUCUCAUCUGCUUUACAAGUACCCAUGCUUCAGAACCAUAAAACAGCACGGGUAGUAUCAGUGUCUAGUAUAGUGUAAUCUUCGUCUGUCGAGAGGUGGCCUUGUUUCUAAACUGUUUACUUAGUCCAAAGUAGCAUCUGUUUGCCAGUAUUAUUCUUCGCUUAAUCUUACAACUGGUGUCAUUCGCUUCGGUUACGGCGGUGCCGAGGUGGAUAAAGUUACUGACUAUCUCAAAGUUGUGGUUCCCAAUUUUCUCCAUUUUCUUUAUCUGCUCGGUUGUACAAGGUGUUCUGGUAGUUGAAACCAUCCAUUUCGUCUUAUCUCCAUUAACUGCCAGACCCAUUUUCACUGACUCCCUGUCGAUUCUUUCAAAGGCAGCAGUUACUACUGCCGGUGACCGAACUAUGGUGUCGAUGUCGUCGGCAUAGGCGAGUAGCAUGUGUUAUCUUGAAAGUAGUGUGCCAUAUCUGUUCACAUCUGCAUCUCAUAUAAUCUUCUCCAGCAGGAUAUUUAAUAGAUCACACUAUAGGCUGCCUCCUUGUCUGGAACCUCGUUUGGUUCGGAGAGAUUCUUUCCAAUAGUUCUUUCCAAAGUUCGGCUGGGCCGAACUUAACGCCUUUUUAGUUGUUUUACUUAUAAAGAGAUACCGGGCAAAGAAUUUGACAAACGCCAUCCAUGAUGGAGGGUAUAUUCGGCCCGGCCUAACUUAGGACGUUCUUCUUGUUUAGACCUUUCCUUGUCCUCUCUAAAAAGGGCCAAACCGAAAAGUCCAUCGGAUUGUCAUCUGGCGAUUAAAAAAUCCACUGUGUAGACGAAAUGAAGUGCGAAACGUGGUUUUUUGCCAUUCUUGGUUUAUAUGUGCUUCAGUGACGGUGGCGAGUCUUGUUGGUACGUCCAUGGUAAACUGAAGAAAAUUUUUGAGCGCCCACGGCUCCAAAGCAGUUUGCAAAAUGUUUUACCGAGAAUAAGAUUUUACCGAUAAUUAAAAGCAUUCAUUUUGAUUCGAGAGCGUUCACCGCUGACCAUACCAUCUGAAGAAAUUCUUAUCUGUGAGGUACUAUGCAAGGUGGAUAAAUAAAAGUGAUCUCACGCGAACAGCUGAAAACAGCCGGUCAGUUUGACGGUAUUGAGAUGUCAGUUCUGUGUUUAUAUUCAUAACAAACCACCACAUUCUUUUUGCACGUUCUCUUUGUUUGUGUUUCUCUUUCUCGCAUUUUACUUGCACACGUACACACACGAUGGGAAGGAAGUUUCAUUGGUUGUGUUGAGAACAAUGUCAAUUUUGAAAUUACAUCUUGUUGAAGAGAUGGCGGAUUGUACCAUAUGAUUUGUGAUUGUUGUACAAAUGAGAACUCCUUAAUUUUGUUUCGACAUGGAUGCUAUGCAAUGUAAAAACUUCUCCUCAAAGAGGUGUCGGUUGCAAUGCGGUAAGCCGUUCGGACACGGCUAUAAAAAAGAGGUCUCUUAUCAUUGAGCUUAAAUUUGAAGGAACAUCGGUCAAGCAUCUCACAUAUCAAUGAGUGGUGUCCUAUUUAAGUUUAAGCCCAAUGAUAAAGGACCUCCUUUUCAUAGCCGAGUGCAAACGGCGUGCCGCAGUGCGACACCUCUUUGCAGAGAAGUUUUUACAUGGCUGUCAUACCAUUUUUUCAAACGGCAUAGUUCCUCACAAAUGUCGACAGCAUUAGGAGGUCAUAACCACCGCUGAAAGAUUUUUCUGAUGUCCUCGCCAUGAAUCGAACCCAAUCGUUCAGAGUCAUAUGCGGAGAUGCUAACCUUUGAGCUACGGUGGCCUCCAUAAGUGGUGCAGGGUACAAAAAUUUACUUGAAAAAGAAUCCUGUGUCGUCUUCAUAUCAUUCUUUGGAGUCGAAUUGAUAUUUGGAAAUGUUUCUUUUUUUUGUGAGGAAAAUGCCAAUCUAGUGAUUCGUACUGGGUUAUUAGGGCUUAAGGCCUGUUUAUGCUCUCGUAAAUGUUGAACAAAUGAAUCGUAAAUGUAACGAGGCAAUAAUGCUCAUUACAAAACGUAUCAUAUGACAUUUUAAUCAAAACAAUUGUUUUAACCAAAAAGACUUGAAGGUGAGAGGGGUCUGACGUCGAAGAACAAGGGCAGGGCGGAGAAGACGGCCCUCCACGCAGUGGAGACGUCUUUCCAACUGAAAGAGUACGCGAUGGCGUUCUUCUCUAAUAUUGAGAGGGCAUUUCACAACGAGGAGAUGGGUCGACAGUCACCGCUCUGAGCCGCGGUAGACAGAUUACGGCCAAGUUUCCCUUCUGGACACUAUGAAGGCAUUUAACAACGAGGAGAUGGGUCGACAGUCACCGCUCUGAGCCGCAUAGGUAGACAGAAUACGGCCCUUCUGGACACUAUGAAUGCGAUGGGCAGACUGAGGAGGGUUUCAGGACACACUCAACAUUUCAGGCAGAGCUAUGUGCCAUGACGAUAGACGCAAAAGAAAUUCUGGGAAUGGAUUCACAGUUUUCGAAAUCAGUUGUUGUUGCUGAUGUUGUAGCCACAUUUGCAUCGCUACCUCGAUUCUCAUCAAACCCGUUCCGGUCACCGAUCGUCGCGGGAAAGUUAUUGCCAUUGGUUAUUAAAAGACGCCAAUAGAUUGCCUUGUCACAUCGAGUAUCACAAGAACUCAGUAUUUACGCAAGAGCCGUUGCCGCCCGGCCUCUCACGGAGACUCUUCCUUUGAUACCGCUGAUUGUCCGCGACUGCAAUUGUAGCUACUCCGUAUGCGAAGCCUUUCACUAACCGCAACCUGUGGACUCGCCCAUUAGCUCUCGGUUGAGUUUCUCGUAAUGACAAACAAUUUGGAGCUCAGAGUUUCAACUGAUGUGGUGCUUAUAAUCAUCCCGUGCCGGGUCUAAAUCAAUAUGCGUAUAUGGCGGCCCUCAAGCCGUGGGCUCUAGUACAGUGAGGUCGAAGCGCCUGGCGCAGUAUGUGGAAUCCCUGAAUAGACCCCAGUUUCACGACAUAGUGCUAAAAUGGAUAGCCGACACGACAGCGCCAUAUUGGCGCUUACACCCUCAUGUCUUCUUGUUAUCAUAAAUGUCCACACACAACCAACGAAAAAAGGCGCGAACUAUUGGGUUGCCCAAAAAGUAAUUGCGGAUUUUUUAAAAGAAAGUAAAUGCAUUUUUAAUAAAACUUAGAAUGAACUUUAAUCAAAUAUACUUUUUUUACACUUUUUUUCUAAAGCAAGCUAAAAGUAACAGCUGAUAACUGACAGAAGAAAGAAUGCAAUUACAGAGUCACAAGCUGUGAAAAAAUUUGUCAACGCCGACUAUAUGAAAAAUCCGCAAUUACUUUUUGGGCAACCCAAUAGUUACAUACACAAAAAUCAGAGUUGCACCAAUCACUGAUUUUGACAGAUAGUGCACUCCAUUGGACAACUGUCAUUACCUGUAAAUGAAUAUAUUGGGUUGCCCAAAAAGUAAUUGCGGAUUUUUCAUAUAGUCGGUAUUGAAAAAUUUUUUCACAGCUUGUGACUCUGUAAUUGCAUUCUUUCUUCUGUCAGUUAUCAGCUGUUACUUUUAGCUUGCUUUAGAAAAAAAUUGUAAAAAAAAGUAUAUUUGAUUAAAGUUCAUUCUAAGUUUUAUUAAAAAUGCAUUUACUUUCUUUUAAAAAAUCCGCAAUUACUUUUUGGGCAACCCAAUAUCUUGCUGAAUUCUACUUUCCGGUUACGGUCGACAAACGUUCGUUAAUCGUUGCAUGUGUUUUCAUAAAGUAAAACAAAACAGCUGACACGUUUUCCUACAUUUACGGUAUAUUCACGGGAACAUAACCAGGCCUUUGCACAAAAAUUUAUGUUGACAUUUAAACACAAAAUACCUAUAUUUUUAUUUUUUUACAAUAAAAAACUUAACAAAACAAAACUUCAGCUUGCGUACCUUAUACCCUGACACUGGAAGCAACACAAUACAAAAUCCAAAGCAAUAUACAUAGAUAUUUUUCAUUCAAAUCCGCAUGUCAUUUCAUUCCCCGAACAGUUGUUUUGGCCAUACAAAAAAAAAUGCAAGUCUUUUUUUUUGUUUUUUUGUUUUUAUAUAUAAAAGCUAAAGCGACUGAACUACUUUUUUACAAUGUUAUAAGAUUUAAACAAAGUGAAAAAAAACGAAACAAAACAAAACGAAAAAUAUAAAAUUAAAGCCCGGAACUUGAAAAAAGUAAAAAAAAAAUAUUAAAAACACCUUAACGAAUGCUGCAACAUACUGAAGAAGCAAACUACUGAUUAAAAUAACAAGAAAAAAAAUUACCUCAAAAUCAACAAAAUAGAACAAUUUAGUAUAACAACAACAACAACCAGAACAACAACAUAUUUUUUUGGUUUAAAAUAGUCUCUAAAAUGUAUUUCGCCAGAUAAAAUCAUAUUUUUUGUGUGAAUUUUUGUGUUAUUUGUUAAUUUCAUUUUUAAUGCAUCGACACAUUUUGAAGCCGUAACAAACUGAAAUGAACUGAUUAAGAAAUCUAAAACUGACAAAAAUAUGAAAUUGUAACAAAAAAACAACAAAUGAUAAAAAAAUAUACACUGCCUAAUUUAUAAAAAAUAAAAACAAACGACUCGAAAAUUAGAGAAGCCCCCCCCCAUCCCCUUAAAGUAAACGAAAAUAAAACGAAGCUAAGAAAAACCAAUAGAAACUCUUCGAAAAAAAACACCAAUAUGUAAGAAAUUUAGCAAAACAAAUGAAUUCAAACAAGCCAGAACGAUUGUACUCCAUGUUAUUGAGGACAUUAUCGAUAGAAACCAAAACAAAUUCAAGAACUGCAAAAAGCCACAUACAAAUCCGAAAUAAAUGCAAUUUCAUGAACCAAUAUUUCGUUAUCCUUAUUGUUUUGAUUUUGAGUUAUACAAUUGUUGUAAGUAAGGCAAUCGUUUCGUAGAUGUGAGAUGUCCAAAAAUAAUCAGUCAAAAUAUACACAGUUUACAGAUUCACCAAAAAAAAAUCCAAUUAAGAAAUUGAUUGAAAAAUAAAAAUGUAUCUAAGCAAAAAAUCUAA